CCAGCGCACGACGCGUAAGCACAAACGUGGCGUCAAUUUCAAAACGUAACCGCUAAUAAUUAAUAACACGCUAUAAAUAACGAUAAUACGGUAUUGAUACGCAACUGUCAUUGGUCAAUUUCAAAUUUCGAACGUUAAUUCAAAAUGUCGCGCGACGGUUAGUGAAUGUGAUGGUUUCAACUGUUUUUUUUAUUUAAACUGUUGUGUAUGUUGAUAUAAACUAUUUUCCAACGUGACUCAUUGAGAGCGAAGUGUAUUAUAUCCAAAGUGCAAACAAACAAUAAAAUAGAAACUAUUUUAAACACAGAACAUAAAACGAACAUAUUGACGAUCAUAAACAAAAUGGGUACUAGUUUACAUGCGACUUCGUUUAUAAAUCAAAAUAUGUUUAUUUGUGUUGCUAUCUCUCUCUUACUGCCGAGUGUGAACGAAGGUGCUCCUAAGAUGUACGAUGAUGGGCGGAAUUUCCCGAAUGAUGACGGAGGGAGGCGAUUGACACGGGAGUACCAUCUCCGGCAAGGCGCUUUGAGAGGGUUGAUUGUGAAGCCAAGUAGACAAUAUGAUCUGCAAUAUGUGGAGAUGUUUCUUGGGAUUCCGUAUGCUGCACCUCCUACGGGAAACUUUAGGUUUAUGCCUCCAGUAAGCGCUCCACCAUGGCCCGGUGUGAGGAUGGCGACGCGCUUCGCUCCAGUGUGUCCUCAAGCCCUCCCGCCGAUCAAGAAGGACAACCCUCCCUCGCUGGGCAGGCAACACUACCUCAACCGACUGAAGCCGUUCCUCGCCAACGAGAGCGAGGAUUGUCUUUAUUUGAAUAUCUAUGUGCCUUACAGAGAACAAAAGUCUAAAAAGUUUCCAGUGCUCGUAUUCAUUCAUGGCGAUUCCUUCGAAUGGAGUUCCGGCAACCCUUACGACGGGAGAAUAUUGGCUUCCUACGGGAACAUAAUGGUCAUCACAGUCAACUUUAGACUUGGGAUAUUGGGGUUCAUGAAGCCGAGUCUAACAGAACAUGUGUAUGGUAACAACGGUCUGCUAGACCAGCUGGCUGCCCUCCAGUGGAUCAAAGACAACAUAGAAGAUCUCAAUGGAGACCCCAAUUCUGUGACUUUGAUGGGACACGGUACUGGUGCUGCGUGCGUCAACUUUCUCAUGCUUUCCCCGAUUUCUAAUGGUUUGUUCCACAGAGCUAUUUUAAUGUCAGGCAAUGCAUUAUCUGACUGGGCAAUGACCAACGAUCCCACCCAAUAUACCCUCCAAGUCGCCCAGAGCCUCGGCUGCAGCCCUCACUCCAGGAAUCUGAUGAGCUGCUUGCAGAAAAAGCCUUUAUCAGAAAUAAAGAAAGUGCAGAUAUUGUCCCGAGAGUUCGAAACUCCACUUGGACCGGUGGUGGCGGGGUCAUUCAUACCAAGCGAGCCGGCCAGCACGAUGGACGCCUUCCCAAACUUGUUGAGCAAAUAUCAGUUAUUAAGUGGCGUGGUAGAGUUGGAGAGUUAUCAUGAUUUCGGAGUCAUCGAACUAGACCAUGGAAUAUUAGAGAACCAGCGUGAUGACUUCAUUAAAAAAUACGCCAAAAUAAUAUACGAAGGAGCCGAAAAGGAGGCGAUGAAGAUCAUAUUAAAAGAAUACGCACCAUCAAAACUGAAUCCACAAAGCUGGAGCGUGGAAACCAAUCGGGACGUGAUAUUAAACCUCCUCAGCGACGCGAGGACAUUAGCUCCGGCCAUCAGGUUCGCCAACUAUCAGUCCAAGGCCAACCGGCAGUCGUACUUCUACGUGUUUGGACACAACUCCGUCAGCACUGAUUAUGCUCCGCUCAACAAAAGCGUUCACGGACAAGAAAUGCCAUAUGUAUUAGGAGUGCCUUUGGGAGGGGCCAAUACACAUUUCCAUUUAGAGUAUACUCAACAGGAAAAACUCUUGAGUGAAGUCAUGAUGAGACUGUGGACUAAUUUCGUUAAGAUCGGUUCUCCAAAUACACAAAGUGUUAAUAAAUAUUUCACUAAAGAUCCGAAACUGCAGAGCCAAUACAACGUGGAGUGGCCGGAGUAUGACGUCGCACAUCAACCAUAUUUGAGGCUAGACUUACCGCCAUCCAUCAGCAGUCUGUACCGGUCGAACUACACCGGCUUUUGGAUCGACACGUUGCCAAAAAAGAUGAGCUCGUAUGUAGUGGACCCGUUGUUUGAUUACACACCGACGCCGACCACGCAGCGGCCUAAACCAACGGUCAGAAGCUCCGAUCCCAUGAGAAGAAUUUGGCAACCUCAAAUUAUUGAAUCACCAUCACAUUACGUCCCCACAAAUUACGGCAAAAUUCGAUCAUACUACCAGCCCGAUACACGAUCCGACCCCGACACGAUAUACAGACAGAUACAGUCAAUUAAAACACCGUCGCGGCCAGUUCCGACGGGGCUAAUGGAAAAAACCGCAGGUACCACGACCGCGAAGCCAAAACCAAUCGUGCCUGUAAAAACUUCAAGCGCUACGGUCACGCUGGUUGUUUCACUGGGAGUGCUCUUUCUAUUGGUAAACAUUGCUACAUGUUCCAUACUGUAUUUUAAGAGGAGAAAACUGAGGCUAAGAGAGCGAGUGUUGAACACAAGACAGCCUAGGGCAGAAAUUGGUGAAGUUGAUGUCAUAGGACAAAAAAGUUCUAAAGAUGACAAAAGUGCCUUACAGACUUUGAAAAAUGGCUGCAGUGUAAUUAAAUCUAUGAGUUUUAAUAAAAUGAGGAAUGGAAGUAAGAAGAUAAAGAAGAAGUCUGAGCAGUGUAAAACCCCGAAAAGUGACGAUUCUGGAGGUUUUAGAGAGAGAUUCCAACUUCGUAGACAUUUAUCUACAAGUACAUUAGACGCACACACUAAAGUAAGAGAUUGGAUUGCGAAUGAAGUCAUGCAUAGAUGUUCUCCUGGCAUACUAAGGAAAUCCAAUUCAGAUUUGAAAAAUGAUAAACAGAUGACUGUGGCUAAGCCGUUCACAAGAUCAGAAGAACUUCUUUCGGAUGUAAAGAAACCUAAAAAGGAAACCUUAAAAGUCGACGAUUUAACUUCAAAGAAUUUAUUAUCUAAAUCCUAUAGCAAGGGACGAACGUCAGAAAAAACAACAUCCACUUCAGCGUUAGGAUCACACUCAUCCAUAGGAAGCCAUAAGCAGUCUAAAUAUAUUUCAAAACAAGGAAGCAAAUCAUCGGAAUCUAUUAAAAGUAAAGCUACGGAAAGUAUGAAGUCCAAAAAAGUAUCUGUAGCUAUAGACGCCACUCCAUCUGCACGUACGAACUCGAUUCUACAACAAGAACCAAUAGAAAUAUCUAAAUCAUUCGAUGGAGGUGACCAUGUACAUUCCAGUAAUCAAUUGCAAAGAUCCAAAACCGAAGGUGACUUUAAACUUGAAACUAAAAACGACAAUGAAAAUAAAAUAUACACAAAUAUGGUAACACUAUCAGUAGGCAAAGAUAAGCCUCUAACCAUUUCGCAUAAGCAUUCCGUAUCUGAUCCUGUUAAAGAUGUUGAUUAUGAAAAACUUUAUAGAGAGAAAAUGGAAGGUGGUCCACCUGUAAUAAGUAUACUUCCUCCAGUUACAUUUAGAAAUGAAAUUAAUGUGACAUCGCGGGAUGAGGGUCUACAAGCACAGCCAUUGUCUCCAGAGGAUGCUUUGUUGACAAUCAAAAAGAGAAAUUUUCCGAAGGUUCUUCCUGACUUACCCAAAGCGCAAAAACGUCUUUCCCUUCAACCAGCAACCUUACAAACAUUUAGAAGCUUUGAAAGUACUGAUAGCCAAGAUCGUCCCAAAGUACCACCACAACCUCCUCCUAGAACAUCUACGCUAGAACGUCGCCUAGCUUAUGCUAAUACAAAACUUCUGUCGUCUUUUAAUGCAUCAAAAGACAAAAUUCCAGAAGUUAAAUCUUACAAGGAUUACGUGAACAUUGACACUUUAGCUCCUAUAUCGGAUUCAUUCCAAACACGGAAUAAAUCCAUAGAUAAUAGCGCUAAAGAGGAAAAACCAGAGCCGACUGUAAUAAUUGUAUCAAAAGAUAGGGAAUAUCCAAAAGUAAUUAUAGCAUCUAGUGAUAUGCAAACGACUGAUCCAAACAUAAUUAUCAAACCUUCAACAAGUAAUGUUGAAAUGCCGACCAAUGUGCCAAGAGUGAGAUUACCUGAUGAUUUUCACUCUCAAGCUGGUUCAUUAACAUCGUUUUCUUCAUUUUACUCUGACGAUGAUGAUGAGAUAGAAGAAGAUAUUUUCGAAGAUAUUGCAGAAGACAAACUCAUCAAAGAAUUAGUAGGUGGAGUAGAAUCACCAACAAAUAUGGAUGACGUAUUAGAUUCCAAAGGUCCCGAAACUAUAUUCGAGAAGAAAUUAGAAAUCGUUCCAGUUAAAAUAAAUCCUGGAUAUCUUGUGCCGAAAAAUCACGAAGAUUACAUUUGCAUAUCAGACUUGCAUUUACCAGACUCUAGUGGAUUAGAAAGAACAGCUCAGAUUAAGCCAAAUUUUGGUUUGAACAAACUCCAGCAUAGGACAGAGAGUAUAAAUCGACCGCCGGAAAAAGCCGUUAAAGUAAAACAAAAAAGAAGUGUUAAACCUUCUUCUUUAUUGGGAAAAAGUAGAAAAAGCAAAAGCAGUGAAAGGUCGAGCGAUUCUAGCAAAUUAGAACAUUCAAAUUCUGGUUCCUCGAACGACACUGAAACAAGCACUGGCACGGUGAGAAAGGUGGAAAUAAAAAAAGAUGGUUGAACAAACGUUGAUUAUGAAGGUCAAUAUCCAAGAAAAUGUAAAUUAUAGUACAGAGCUAAUGAUGUUACGCAUACGGGAGAUUAUUUAAUUAAAGUCCUUAAGACUAAUAGUAUAAAGUCUAUGCUUCAAUAACAGAUUAUGUUAUAUGUUUAAAGAAGAUGCCAAUAUUGAAUUGACUAGAAGAUUAGUAGUAAGAAGAGAAAAUAAUUCAUGAUAUAAGUUACGGUGUAUACUAGAGCGUGAUAUAAUGUAAUGAAAUAGUGUAAUAGAUAAUAUUGAUACAUUUUAGUAAAAUAUCUUUGAAUCAAAAUAUAACAUAGUAUAAAUCGAGAAGUAUAUGUCUCAAGUCGAUCUCAAAAUAGCAAUGUGAAUGUUAAGUUAUAUACCACAUCAUGUUAUCAAAAUGAUAGUUUAAGAUGAACUUCAAAUAAAUUCCAAUCCAAAGAACAAGCCUAAGUUUAUUGUAAAAAUGCAUUUAGAAAUAUAUACGUUUUAUAUAA